UUCUACUAUUAAUCGAAUUCUCACUCGAUUUUCUCUCUCAUUUUUUUCUCCACCAAUUUCACUCUCUCACACUUCUUUCGGAUUUGCCGGCACUCCAAAACCCUAGUUUUCGCCAAGCAUUUGAUUGUUCUCUUGCACCUUUAAACUCCCUAAAUCUGAAGGAUGACUAGUGGCCAGUUUAUGUCUGCAUGGAUAAUGAUGUUUCUCAAUCGAUAAAGCUUGUGAUUUUCUCAAAUUAUAUUACAUAUCUUAGAAUGGAUCGCCAGGACACUUCAGGUUUUGUUAGUGGUGGAUGUUGUCCCAUUUUUGGAAGCUACUGUUUGAUCUUUACUCAUUAGUAUUUCCCUUCUUUUCUUCUUCAACCUCGGGAAGUCCAGCAAUCUGUUAUUUUCAUAAUUUUAAAUUUCAUCCAUUGAUUUGUCUUGAGGGGUGAAUUGACGGUGCAUGGACAGCACCCCCCACUGUGCUUUUUCUUUGGCCUCUGUGUCAAAAGAUCUAUGCAAAUUUGUCAAUUGUCAGGCCUUUGCUGCUCCGGAUCUUAAUGCACAUGGUGUGACAAGAUCCUGUUAUUCCAACAGAAGCAAGAGGAAACGGAAUGUUGUUAAUGGGCAUAUUAACUUGAAAGAUGGAUCUACUCUGGUUCUUGGUUUGGAUCGUUCAUCAAGUUUCUACACUGCCAUAUGCUCAGGGAAAGAAACGGAAGAGUCUUCUAUUGAUCUUGGUCCAAGUACCAACAUCAACCUAGGAGAUGACAGGACAUCCAACCCAACUAAGGUAGCUGCUGGGGCUCAAAAUACACUUGAAGCAAGGAAGCCUAAAAUAGACUUAGAAUUGAGUCUAUCCACUGGACCUGCUGAAUCUGAUGUCACAACUGUUUCUCAACUCUUUAGUCCUUACCAAAACAAUUCCAAGUCAGCAGCAUUAGCCUCCACAUUUCAACUUGUGGACGAAGGAUCAACAUCAUCUCGUUGGAAAACUGGGCCUCUUGUGUCUCCAUUGCAGAAUCUAGAGACUUCGAUUCCUUUGGAUCAAGGCCAUUACUGGGACAAUCCUACUUCGGCGACCCUAAAUGUUGUAUCAACUCCAGCAGCAACACCAUGCUCAGUUGCUGGUGCUUCUGGGUCAGUUACGAAGCAACAGCAGCGCCGAACCGCUGUGAAAACUUGUAGGUUUGAAGGAUGCAUCAAGGGAGCAAGAGGUUCUUCUGGUCUUUGUAUAGCCCAUGGAGGUGGCAGGAGGUGUCAGAGGGAAGGCUGUCAAAAGGGAGCUGAAGGCAGGACAGUUUUCUGUAAGGCUCAUGGAGGUGGUCGGCGUUGCCAGUAUCUUGGGUGUACUAAGAGUGCUGAAGGUGGUACUGAAUACUGUAUAGGUCAUGGUGGUGGUAGGCACUGCAAUCACAAGGGCUGUGUUCGUGCUGCAAGAGGUAAGUCUGGCAUGUGCAUUCGUCAUGGGGGUGGCAAAAGGUGUAUGAUGGAAAAUUGCACCGGGAGUGCUGAGGGAAUAUCUGGCCUCUGCAUAUCUCAUGGAGGUGGUCGUCGCUGUCAGUAUCCUGCAUGUACAAAGGGUGCUCAGGGUAUUACAAUGUUUUGUAAAGCUCAUGGUGGUGGCAGCAGGUGUACGUUUUUGGGCUGUACGAAAGGUGCAGAAGGAGGUACUCUGUUAUGCAAAGGCCAUGGUGGGGGGAAAAGAUGUACAUUUGUUGGAUGCACGAAGAGCGUGCAUGGGGGAACUUCAUUUUGUGUUAGUCAUGGAGGGGGCAAGAGGUGUGCCGUGUCUGAAUGCACUAAGAGUGCAAGGGGACGCACGAACUAUUGUGUCCGCCAUGGGGGUGGAAAAAGGUGCAAGUUUGAAGGAUGUACAAAGAGUGCACAAGGAAGCACUGAUUUUUGCAAAGCGCAUGGUGGUGGAAAACGCUGCUCUUGGGGACAGUUGAGUUCAGAGUUUGGUAGUCAAGGUGCCAUUCCAUGCGACAAGUUUGCUAGAGAGAAAUCUGGCUUGUGCAUUGCCCACAGUGCACAAAUUCAAGAUAAACAUAUGCACAAGAGUGUUUCUAUGGUUUCUGCAGUUCAGGAUCUACCCCCUAGCUCAUUUUCCCAGUUGAAAGAGUUUUCUGCAACUGGAAGCGUUCUUUCUGAUUGCAUUGGUACAUGGAUUGAAUCAAAGGGUUAUAGGCAACAACUGAUUACUACGCGGAUUUCACCACAAGAAAAUUUCACUCAUGGAAGCAUGAGCUUGAAUGAUUUGUCUCUUCCAGAAGGUAGGGUGCAUGGAGGAAGCUUAAUGACUUUGCUUAAGAGGAAGUACAAGCACAAGCAACAAUAAUCAAGAAGUUGGUCGAAAUUUGGAGCCAAUAAAAUCUUAUCCUAUGCCUCAUAGUUGGGUGUAAGUUAAAUUCAUCCCAUUAUGCUGUCUUCUUCCCAGGCAGUUCUAUUGGUUUCAAAAGAUUUCUAUUGCAUUUUGUUUGUCUUUGGAGUUGGUACUGUGGAUAAGGAAUCCUUAUCUCAUUCAUUGUGUUAUAUUGUGCUUGGGAACUUCAGAAGUCCAAGAAUUUAAAGUAUUGAA